AUGCAGUUGAACUGGGAUUUGGUCCGACUUGUGCGAGAUCAAGAACCAAAUAAGGCGGAGGCGGUGAAAAAACUGAAAAAGCGUCGCGAUCAGUUCUUGCACGAUGUGAAUGUGAUACUGAGCGAAGGCGCUUCUGGAGUUGAAUUGGCGUUCCAAUGCCUUAAUGAUUCACUCAUCAUGUUCAAUGAAGAGCUAAAGUCUCACGGAGCACAUCUUGAACCACUCAUUGUGCGACUCGACAACGACUUCAUACAAAAGAUGCAAUCAUUUGUCAACGAUAAUGUCUUCACUCCUCCAUCAGAAGACACUCAGCUUGAUCAACAACAGCAAGUGGAACUCAUGCACAUGAAGCGAAGCUUGCUGGCUCAGUACUGUAAAAUGGUUCUUCAUGGUGUGUUCCCUAUCAGAGAUGCUUCGUUUGUUCUGAGAUAUUACUGCGAGUUCUAUACUGAUUUUGGCGACAUACUGAAACAACUACUGUACAAAUGUCGUGAUCUCAAUUUUGUCGCUUGUGCAAAAGCGGUCACCAGAUCUCUCACGGAUGUUUAUGAAAGCAUUAGGAUGAACACCGGGCUGGAAUUUGUUGAUCCGCUGUCAGAUGCGUUCCAUCAGUUACGUGAUUUGGCGAAGAGGUUCGCUGUAGCAUUUGGAAACGAUCACAUCAAAAAUCGCGAAGCCGUGGCCGUUGUGCACAGAGACGGCAUCCAGUUUGCUCUGACGGGCUUCGAUCCGAAUCAAAGCCGUCGGGGUAUCGUCACAAAACCAAGGAAUAUCACUUUCCUUGAGGUGAUCAUGGAGUUCAGUCCAAAGCUUAUUCGUCAGGACAAAACUGCAGUAAUGCGGUAUUUGGAACGACAUGGUCCUCCCAUUUUGCCAUCGAAAGAACCAAUAUGGGAGCCGUACUUGUUGUAUAGAAAUUCUCUAGUGGAAAAACAUCCCGAUGACGCAUCGUCGGUUCGCAGUUUCUCUACCGCUUAUUCGGUAAGAGGAAGAGGACGCGGACGUGGACGAGGAAGAUCAACACCCACACCAUCUGAGGACUUCAUACAAAAGAUGCAAUCAUUUGUCAACGAUAAUGUCUUCACUCCUCCAUCAGAAGACACUCAGCUUGAUCAACAACAGCAAGUGGAACUCAUGCACAUGAAGCGAAGCUUGCUGGCUCAGUACUGUAAAAUGGUUCUUCAUGGUGUGUUCCCUAUCAGAGAUGCUUCGUUUGUUCUGAGAUAUUACUGCGAGUUCUAUACUGAUUUUGGCGACAUACUGAAACAACUACUGUACAAAUGUCGUGAUCUCAAUUUUGUCGCUUGUGCAAAAGCGGUCACCAGAUCUCUCACGGAUGUUUAUGAAAGCAUUAGGAUGAACACCGGGCUGGAAUUUGUUGAUCCGCUGUCAGAUGCGUUCCAUCAGUUACGUGAUUUGGCGAAGAGGUUCGCUGUAGCAUUUGGAAACGAUCACAUCAAAAAUCGCGAAGCCGUGGCCGUUGUGCACAGUUUAGUUUUUGCCUUUGGUCUUUUCUCCACUUUCUUAAUCAUUUCGCUCGAAACUACGGGAAGUGUUGAAUUCAGAGACGGCAUCCAGUUUGCUCUGACGGGCUUCGAUCCGAAUCAAAGCCGUCGGGGUAUCGUCACAAAACCAAGGAAUAUCACUUUCCUUGAGGUGAUCAUGGAGUUCAGUCCAAAGCUUAUUCGUCAGGACAAAACUGCAGUAAUUGCGGUGGGUGUUGUGCAACUCGUGCUUAUGGUCCUCACCAUUAUUGCCUCUAAGAACCAAUAUGGGAGCCGUACUUGUUGUAUAGAAAUUCUCUAG